UAUGAGUCUACAGAUGUACUACAAGUGGCAGUUCACGAAGUAGGUCACGUCUUAGGCCUCGAGCAUUCAUCAGAUGAUAGCUCUAUCAUGGCUCCAUUUUAUCGUGAUGAAUUAGAUGAUCAAGGAAAUUACGCGUUGCCCAAAUUAUCUACGUCAGACGUGAAAAAUAUACAGUUCCUUUAUGGUUAA